AUGACUCGCACGUCGCAUAAAGCGCACCCGACCCCUGCGUUCCCGGUAUACUGCCUCGACUGGGCGGAUGACGAGGUGGUGAUCAUGGGCGGGGGAGGUGGGGCCAGUCGAAGUGGAAUAGAGAAUAAGCUGAAACUCGCAAAGGUGUCGAAGGAUGCGAGGAACGUCAAGUAUAUCAAUGAGCUCAAGUUGAGCAGUGAGGAGGAUGCGCCGAUGACUAUCGCGGUUGAUAGAGAGUCUAAGCAGCUUAUCACUGGUAUCAACGCUUCUUCCUCCUCGAUACAAGCAGGGAAGAACGAGCAAUGCCGGGUCUACUCAUACGCUGAGAACUCUCUUGCAUUCUCAAAGGGGAAGCAGACAAUAUCAGCCGCCUGGUCGGAUGACUACCCGUAUCAAAAACAUACGUCCCUCUCUCCAAAUGCAAAGUACCUCGCAGUAGGAUCAACAGACGACUCGGUCUCGGUCCUCACCUUCCCAGCCCUGGAGACCGUCAAGAUCGUCAAGCUGGAAGCAGAGGUUGUGGACCUGGACUGGGGAGGCGAAGGGGGAGCAUGGCUCGCUAUCACCACUACCUCCUCUCUGUUCUUGUACCACCUCGUCGGAUCUGGCGAGAGCUCCAGCUUGGAGCUGAAGCAGACCAUCUACCCGCCUAGUAUUGAUAUCACCAAGGUCAUGUUCCGUGCUGCUCGCUUCUCCCCUACUUCAGCCGCCCAGCCGAAGAUUCACGCCGUCCUCAACUCCGCCCCUCCCGCCCGAAGUGCCAAGGGUCGACCCCGGAAAGCCUGGAUAUGCACAUUCGGACUCGUCGCUGGACCGAGUGCCGCCGCUGUGACGACUGCCGAGAAGGCGACAGGUACGCCGGUGAAGGACGGUCAAGCGGGGGAGAAGGAGGGCGAUGAGCUGGGGAGAUGGGAUGUAUUGGUCAGGAGGGAGGUGGCCGGGAAGCCUGUGACAGUAUUUGACGUCAGUGCGGACGGCAAGCUGUUGUCAUAUGGAUGUUCAGAUCUGUCCAUCGGAAUGCUAGAUGCUGCUACCCUGAACCCAUUACUCAAGAUCCUACACGCCCACAACUUUCCCCCAACAGCUCUGAAAUUUAACCCGUCAGCGACACUCCUCAUAUCAGCUAGUGCAGACAAUACGCUUCGCGCGAUCGUCGUACCAGCUAGUUUUGCGGGAGUAUCCCCGGUGCUGAUCGCGCUGCUUGUGCUGUUGUUGGCGAUCAUUGCAGGGGCUGUGAUGAGGCGGUAG